AGAAGUCAGGUGGUAUUCAUGUGACUGCAAUAUGUCCGCUGUAGUAUAAACAAUAAAAAUAUCUUGACUUCUAAUCAGUAAUUGAAGAACAAUCAACAUGAAAGGAGUGAUUAUUUUGUUGUUUUUAGUUGUGGGAAGUGUAUUUUCUUUCCCAGAACAUGUAAUAGAGUUCGAGCAGGCGUUAGACAAGUUAGGAGAACCUGAAGAAGGUGGAAACCACUGGGCAUUACUGGUUGCUGGGUCCAAUGGUUACUUCAACUACAGACAUCAGGCUGACAUUUGUCAUGCAUACCAGAUAUUACACAGUCAUGGUAUACCUGAUGAAAGGAUUGUUGUUAUGAUGUAUGAUGAUAUUGCAGAUAACAGAGAAAAUCCUGUAAAGGACAACAUCAUCAACAGACCUGAUGGCCCAAAUGUCUACCAAAAUGUGCUAAAAGAUUACACAAAAAUGGAAGUGAAUCCAGAAACAUUUAUAAAUGUUUUGAAAGGAGAGAAAGAUAAAGUUAAUGGGAAAAAAGUCAUUGACAGUGGUCCCAAGGAUCAUGUGUUUGUUAACUUUGUUGAUCAUGGUGGCCCUGGUAUCUUGGGCUUUGGCAGUAAAAUGUUGAAGGCACAAAAGUUGAUAGAUGCAAUCAUGUACAUGCAUGACCAAAAAAGAUACAAAAAACUGGUGAUUUACGUAGAAGCUUGUGAAUCAGGAUCCAUAUUUUAUGAUCUCUUACCUAAAGACAUUAAUGCAUAUGUCACAACAGCUUCAAAUGCCCAUGAAUCAUCAUAUGCGUGUUAUUUUGACAAGACUCGAAAGACCUAUCUCGGUGAUGUUUAUAGUGUUAAGUGGAUGGAGGAUUCUGACAAGGAGGAUUUGAAGUCAGAAACUUUGCAGAAACAAUUCAUGAUUACAAAGUCUGAGACAAAUACAAGCCAUGUACAGGAGUUUGGAGACAUGAGUAUAGGAGAUAUGACUGUUGCAGAGUUCCAGGGAAUGCAGGCAGCAAAGGGAGAUAAAUUCAGAAAAGCACCCCCAAGACCUAAAGAUCCCUGUGAAGAUGCUGUGAAGUCUGAAGACGUUCCCCUUGAGAUUCUACGACGUAGUCUGAACCUGGUGGAGUCGAAAGAAGAAGCUCAAGAAAUAGAGGCAAAAAUACAAGCUAUUAACAAGGAGCGAUACAUUGUUGAUAAAACUGUAAAGAUGAUUGUUGGUAUAGCAACAGAUGAUCAUGUGACCUCCACUAACAUGAUGGAAACACACAGCAAUAUUCAGGACUGGGAAUGUUAUGAACAAGUUCUUGAUUUCCUUGAUGAAAAUUGUGAUGAUCACCUUAAUAUUCCAGAGAAUGAUUAUGCUCUAAGAAAGUUGUACAUGUUUGUAAACAUGUGUGAAGCCAGGAUUCCAGUUGCUACAAUUACAAGUGCCAUAGAAAAGGUUUGUCUUGAUGCAACUGUGCUGGAAGAUUGAAUCAAGUUUCUGCAGGACCAAGAAUAAACAACCUGACAUUUAAAGUACAUUCUGUAAUGAUAAAUCAGCACAUAUAAAUGGUUGCUUACAUCAUCAUCAUUAUAUGAUUUAUUGUUAUCCAAUUAUUGACUGUGUUAUUAAGUGUACAGAGUAAUUUUGA